AUGUUCCAUGGAUUGCCAAGUGAAGACCCCAUUGACCACCUUGAUGAGUUUGAUAGGCUUUGUGAUUUGACAAAGAUCAAUGGUGUCUCUGAAGAUGCCAUCAAGCUGAGACUCUUUCCUAUGUCUCUAGCUGACAAAGCUCACCAAUGGGAGAAGAGCUUGCCCCAUGGCACAAUCACCACUUGGGAUGAAUGCAAGAAGGCCUUUCUUGCUAAGUUUUUCUCCACCGGUCGCACAGCCAAGCUUAGAGGAGAGAUAUCCAGCUUCAUCCAGCGAAACAAUGAGACAUUCGCAGAGGCUUGGGAGAGGUUCAAAGGCUACACAAGUCAGUGCCCACACCAUGGAUUCAACAAUGAAUCACUACUCUCCACUCUUUAUAGAGGAUGCUUGCCUAGGUAUAGGGAGAUGCUAGACACAGCUAGCAAUGGGAACUUCCUCAACCAGGAUGUAGAUGAUGGCUGGCAACUUGUGGAGAACAUAGCUAACUCAAAUGGAAGCUAUGGAGAAGAGUAUGAUCGCACCAACCGGAGCUCGACCCACCACUCGAUCGAGUCAGACGAAAAGUUGAGAAAAGAUGUUAAGGCAUUGAAUGAGAAGUUGGAUAAGCUGAUCCUAGCUCAGUCCACAAUGAAGAAAGUCAACUUUGUGUCUGCUGAAGAUGGAACCAGUCCAAGAAGGGGAGGAUACACAAUUUGCUGA